AUGGCGGCCAUUACGAUAAGUGCUCUCACUGCUUGCUUCUCGGACGAGCCGAAAUCAAUUCAACGAGGUGAAAAUCACUUCAGAUCCGACCAUAUUGAAUCUUUUUAUUAUUCUGAUGGAGUAAUUCGAGGAUCAGUGCACGCUAGUAUGAAGAACAAGUCCUAUAAAGUUACGGUAUUCCUCCGUAAUGAUGAAAUAAUAUCAUCUGAGUGUGAAUGUCCUCUUGGAAGUUACAAGUGUGCUCAUGCCGCUGCAAUUAUAAUCCAUGGGAUCCACAACCUUAGUCGAACAGAUGUCGAGUGCGAAUGGAAGAAGCAGAAGGCUCCGCUAGAUGUAAAAUCUGUAGAAGAACUCUAUCCAUGCCCAAAAGAAUACAACUGUCUUAAACGAGAGCACCGGUCAAAAAAUUUCCUGGAUCCGCCCCUGGAUGAUAGGUCCUGGCUCUACCAAGAACUCAAAAAGUAUGGCAGCUUUACUGGUACUUUGUGGCUUCUCUCUCCCGAACCAGCAAAAGCUCCACUCCCAAUUACCCCCGUUGAAGACAUCAUUGUAUCAUCAGAAUUCAUUAAUCAUAAUGACCAGCGUGAAUAUCUUGUUAAAAGAUUUUAA